GAGCUCCCUCCUCUCUCUUUGUCAUUCUGGCUGCCUGCUGCCUCCGCAGCGUCCCUCUAGCUCUCCCUGUGCUAACUGCCUGCGCCUUAGACCGACGGGUGAGCAAAGCAGAAGGAUUAGUUGGGACCUGCUUUGGUGACCUUAUGGCAUCCCCCAGAACCGUAACUAUUGUGGCCCUCUCAGUGGCCCUGGGACUCUUCUUUGUUUUCAUGGGGACUAUCAAGUUGACCCCCAGGCUCAGCAAGGAUGCCUACAGUGAGAUGAAACGUGCUUACAAGAGCUAUGUUCGAGCUCUCCCUCUGCUGAAGAAAAUGGGCAUCAAUUCCAUUCUCCUCCGAAAAAGCAUCGGUGCCCUUGAAGUAGCCUGCGGCAUUGUCAUGACCCUUGUGCCUGGGCGUCCCAAAGAUGUGGCCAACUUCUUCCUACUCUUGUUGGUGUUGGCUGUGCUCUUCUUUCACCAGCUGGUUGGUGAUCCUCUCAAACGCUAUGCCCAUGCUCUGGUGUUUGGAAUUCUGCUCACUUGCCGCCUACUGAUUGCCCGCAAGCCUGAAGAUCGGUCUUCUGAGAAGAAGCCCUUGCCUGAGAAUGCUGAGGAUCAACCCUCCUUAUAUGAAAAGGCCCCUCAGGGCAAAGUGAAGGUGUCAUAGGAAAGUGGAAGUGCAAAAAGUGGACCUUCCAGGCAGUUGCCUCCAUGACACCCAGGAAGAUGUCAGUGUGUAUUUUUCAUUUGAUUUAUUUAUCUUGGGGAAAAUGGAAAAUAUAAUCUGCAAGUUAAUUGGCUUGUGUACAUUGUACUCUAAAAUGACCUCCCCACAUUGACAUUUGUGCACCACCUGUAAUCACUCUGGGGCAAUGCUCACAUCUUGCUGCAUGUACAUGUAUACGGCUACUAUUGAAGUGUAUUUGUGAGAUGGACUCCAGCAAGCAUGUGACUGUGAGAUUAUGUGUGGGGAAAUGUAUUGAACUACUGUGUGUGUACACACACCCACAUGUGGAGAAGGCUCUGAUCUUGAACUAAUCCUGCACAGGUAUCCUUCCCUUUAUAAAUUGAUUCCAGUAAAGAUAGAAUAAAACAAAUUUCCUAAAAA